AUGCCAAAUUUUCAGCGCUCUGUUUGGCCCAGUCCGUCUGGUGCACGUCUCAUCUCCACUUUGGCGAGUCCAAGCGCGCCGUUUCAAAUCGCUGAGUUCGCUAGCAUCAUCGCGAACUACCAUCAUCUCAUCGCAGACCAUCUACAACACAACGAUUGUCUGCUCACCAUGCCGCCCCGGCCAAAGGAAAAUGUCUGGAAUUAUCCAAGGCCUCCUGCUCUCCAGCCCACGUCAGCUAGGCUGAGGGUCAUCUGGGUCACACCUUCCAAGCAGGAGCUCGUCAUCGCCGAGACCACGCAAGGCUACCGUGUCCUCGAAACCUCGCACCCUCCUACGUAUUACUUCCCACCCAGCAGCGUCAAGAUGGACCUCAUCAAGCCUUCCAAGGCGAGGCGCACCAUGUGCGAAUGGAAAGGCAUGGCAGCCUACCACGACCUCCAAUUCAGCAAGGAUCAAGGACCCCUUGUCACGGGCCGCAUCUGGUCGUAUCCCCAACCCACGCCUGGAUUCUCCUCGAUCAAAGACUACCUCUGCUUCUACGCCUCCAGUCAGACCGAUUCCGAGCGUCUCGGACAUUGGAAAUGCAUGGUGGACGACGACGAAGUCAAGGCUCAAGAAGGCGACUUUUAUGGCUCUUGGAUCACCCCCGAGAUCACCGGUGGCGACCGAGGCUUCAAAGGAGCUCCAGCAGAAGCUAGCACGAGCGCAUUGGAGCGCGAUCCUCUCUCCGCUUACAAGGGACUCACCUUUGCAGAGACGUUGGAAGAUCUCAGCAGUCGGUUCAUUGUCAAUCUCCCGUCCGACGAGCUCUCGUCCAUCGAGCGCAUCUGCUUCCAAGUCGAGCAAGCCCACUGGUUCUACGAAGACUUUCUUCGACCGCUCAACCCGACGCUUCCGUCUCUCGGGCUGCGCCGCUUUUCUUCUCAUCUGCUGCACACCGCCUCAAUGAUUGUGCCUCUCAUCCAACGCUACAUCACUGGCGGCAGCGGACAGCAAGACCUCGAGGCUGCCUUUGACGAGUUUCUCAAGUACAAGACGCGUGUGCCCGUGUGCGGCGCCAUUCUGCUCGCCGAGGACUGGAACAAGUGCCUCCUGGUCAAAGGCUGGAAGUCGUCGGCCGCUUGGGGGUUUCCCAAGGGCAAGAUCAACCAGAACGAACCGGAACGCGACUGCGCCAUCCGCGAGGUGCUGGAAGAGACUGGAUACGACUGCAGCUCGCUGCUGCCAGAAGACAGCAAAGACUUUAUGGACCUCACGAUGCGCGAACAGCGUCUCCGCCUCUACAUCGUGCCUGGCGUCAAAGAGAGCACCAGAUUCGAGACGUUGACGCGCAAGGAGAUCUCCAAGAUCGCUUGGUUCAAGCUGAGCGAUCUGCCAACGUGGAAAAAGUCCAAGGAUCCACCUGCCGGUAUGGGCGGCAAGUUCUACCUCAUCUCUCCCUUCAUCGGACGCCUUAAGCAGUGGAUUCACGCAAACAAGGCGACGCAUCCGAAUCGGCCAGCAGCAAAAUCAGGCCCAGUCAUCGACCACGCCCUCUCGUCGCCAGUGCCUGCGUCUGCCAAGGCAGCGAGCGCGGCAGCAAUGCCAUCGUUUGUCGAUACCAGCUCGCUCUUCCCGUCGUUUUCUGGCCAGGACAAGACAUCGCAGAGCAAAGUCGAGCCACUACCCGCGCCUCCGAGCAGCGACAAGCUCAAAGCGCUGCUGGGACUGUCAUCUCCGACGCCAGAGCCUGCUCGUUCAGCAGCGCAGAGCGGCUUCGACAACCAGGCAGCAACAGCCAAUGCUCUUGAUCAGAUGUUCCCCGGUGUAGGUGCAAAGAUGAUCCAGGCCAGUGGUGACGAGCGUGGUCAACAGCUACUGUCGCUGUUGGCGAAAUCGCAGGCAGCUCCGCAAGGCCAAGCAGCUGGCUCUCCUAACGCGCCAGGGUCGCAGGAUCGCGCCGCACUUCUGCUGGCAGCUCUCAACCAACCUGCGCCCACUGGCGAUGGCAACCGUGCUUCUCCCGCUCCCAAUACACAUGCGCUUCUGAGCAUGCUGAACGACCCAUCUCGAAGCCAAUCGCCGCUACCAGCUCCCAUACCGCAAAAGUCUGGCCAGGCUCAAAAGCUCUUGCAGAUGCUGAGCCACGAUCGAAGCUUAUCGCAGGGCAGCUUUGCCUCGUUCGAUGGAAGCAGCCCCGUGCCUCAACAUGGUGGCGCACAUCAAGAUGCGCCUGCUAUUAACGCUCCUCAGGCUGACGCGCUCCUGCGCAUGCUGCAGCCCUCUUCGCCCCCGAGCGUGCCCGGCUCGCAGUCGCCUUCCGCACAGUCGGCUCCCAAGAAUGACUUGCUGUCCAUCCUCACCGGCGGACUGCCACACGCGGGUCGAGCUGGGCCCAACGACGGACCGCAGCCUCGUCCGAGUCAAGGAUUCGAUGGACCGAUGGGUGGCUUCCAUCCGAACGCACCAUUCGCUUUCCCACCGCCUCCACCGCAUAUGCUGCCAGGUGGGAUGAUGCCUCCUGGAGGUCCUGGCCCGCUUCCUUUCCACAUGGGUCCGAUGCCGCCCGCACCGGGCUCCGGCCAUCCUCAAGGUCCGCCAAACGGCUGGUUCAUGCCUCCGCGACCUAACUAUGCGCCCUACUCGACUGGUCCUCCCUCCUAA